AACAUUCAGCAGCUGAGGAGCUCCAGCGAAGACAGGACUCGGCCCGGAGCGCCCUCUAUGGGCUCGAAGCGGCACUGCAGCAGCAGAGCGCCUCCUCCCUCCUCCUGGAGCCGGAGUUGCAUUCCUGUCCUCUCCAUUCACACGCAGGGAGCCGCCGGAGAGAGAGAGCACCGCCGCUCCGUGACCAGAGUGGAAUGUCCCUAAGUUUUGGAAUUUAAAAACAUGGCGAGGAUAUCUAACCUACGGAUCACUUGAACCUGGCUCCCACCUCGUGCCUCUGUGGAUGAUGUUCCUGAUGACGACUUGCAACGCUGAGAACAGGACAGCGAAUUAGGAGUUUUGUUGCCCCUCCCUUUAUCCUUCUCUCUCUGUCCCUCAAAACUGUCCUCCCUUAUUCCUUGACAGAAGAGCAUAAAACAAGAGAAAAUCCUGACUUUGGUCUUGGUACCAGAGCUUGUACUCCUCCUCCUUCUCCUCCUCUCUUUUUCCUUCUCCAACCCCCUAAGCCUUGCCUCUAGACGGCCCAGAUAUGUGCCCCCUAGCUCGGUCAGCGGCUUCCCCUGGCCCGGGGAACUUGUUUCUCCUCUUGGGGCUUUUGCUUAUCAUGAGCUCAUCCUUCUCUGGAGGCCAACCCCCGCCCUUCAAACGAUUUGCCCCUACUGAGUGGGGGCUUACGCAUCUGGCCAUCCACAACAAAACUGGAGAAGUCUACGUGGGAGCUGUCAACUGGAUUUUCAAGCUGUCUAGCAACCUGACCAAACUACGCAGCCACAUGACUGGCCCAGUGGUGGACAAUGAGAAGUGCUACCCUCCGCCCAGUGUCCAGUCCUGCCCUCAUGACCUGGCCCAGACCCCCAAUGUGAACAAGCUUCUUCUCAUAGACUACGCACAGAACCGCCUCAUUGCCUGUGGCAGCACUUCGCAGGGGAUCUGCCAGUUCCUACGUCUGGAUGACCUCUUUAAGCUUGGCGAGCCCCACCACCGCAAGGAGCACUACCUUUCCAGUAUGGCAGAGUCGGGCACCAUGUCCGGGGUCAUCAUAAGCUCCCCCCACAGUCCGACCAGCAAGCUUUUCAUCGGAACCCCCAUCGAUGGCAAGUCUGAGUACUUCCCCACAUUGUCCAGUCGCAAGCUGAUGGAGAAUGAAGAAAAUGCAGACAUGUUCAGCUUUGUCUAUCAGGAUGAGUUUGUUUCCUCUCAGCUGAAGAUUCCCUCCGACACUUUGUCCAAGUUCCCUGCUUUCGACAUCUAUUAUGUAUACAGCUUCAGCAGCGAGCAGUUUGUCUAUUAUCUAACAAUGCAGCUGGAUACCCAGUUGACUUCACCUGAUGCCAGCGGAGAGCAGUUCUUCACCUCGAAAAUUGUCCGCCUCUGCGUGGACGACCCCAAGUUUUACUCCUACGUCGAGUUCCCCAUUGGCUGCACUAAAGAUGGGGUAGAGUACCGCCUGGUGCAGGAUGCCUUCUUGGCUCGUCCAGGCCGGCAGUUGGCCAACUCUCUGGGGAUCUCCGAGAAUGAAGACAUCCUCUUCACAGUCUUCUCUCAGGGUCAGAAGAAUCGGGCCAAACCACCCAAAGAGUCAGCAUUGUGCCUGUUCACCCUUAGGAGGAUAAAAGAGAAGAUCAAAGAAAGAAUUCAGUCCUGCUACAAGGGAUAUGGGAAACUCUCCUUACCCUGGCUGCUCAACAAGGAGCUCGCCUGCAUCAACUCGCCCCUGCAGAUAGACGAUAACUUCUGCGGCCAGGACUUCAACCAGCCUCUGGGGGGAACCAGCACCAUCGAGGGCACGCCCCUCUUCAUCGACAAAGAUGAUGGCAUGACCUCGGUGGCGGCAUACGACUACCGUGGCAACACCGUGGCUUUUGUCGGCACGCGGAAUGGCAAACUGAAGAAGAUCUUGGUAAACUCUGUGAGUCCCAACCGUCCAGCGGUGCUCUACGAGAAGGUGACUGUAAGCGAGGGAGGAAGUCCCUUACUGAGAGACAUGCUGUUCAGCCCAGACCAGCAGUACAUCUACACGCUGACUGACCGACAGGUGGUGAGAGUUCCAGUGGAAAGCUGUGAGCAGUACACCACUUGUGGGGAGUGUUUGGGCUCCAGAGACCCUCACUGUGGAUGGUGUGUCCUCCACAAUGUUUGUUCACGCAAGGACCGGUGUGAACGAGCCGGAGAGCCCCAGAGGUUUGCCUCUGACCAGAGGCAGUGUGUGGAGCUCACUGUUCAGCCAAGAAAUAUCUCUGUCACCAUGUCUGAAGUCCAGCUGGUCCUCCAGGCUCGUAACGUGCCUGAUCUGUCAGCAGGGGUCAACUGCUCCUUCGAGGACUACGUGGAGACAGAGGGACAGAUCCAGGGUGGACACAUCUUCUGCCUGUCUCCCUCCGUCCGGGAGAUCAUCCCCAUCACAAGGAACAAAGGUGACAAGCGGGUGGUGAAGCUCUAUCUGAAGUCCAAGGAGACGGGCAAGAAGUUUGCCAGUGUCGACUUUGUCUUCUACAACUGCAGUGUCCAUCAGUCCUGCCUCUCCUGUGUAAACGGCUCGUUCCCAUGCCACUGGUGCAAGUACCGCCACAUGUGCACCCAGAACGCCAAUGACUGCUCUUUCCAGGAGGGACGUGUCAACAUCUCUGAGGACUGCCCUCAGAUCCUUCCCUCAACCCAGAUCUACAUCCCUGUCGGGGUGACCAAGCCAAUCACCUUAGCUGCCAAGAACCUGCCCCAGCCCCAGUCAGGACAGAGGAACUACGAGUGUGUCUUCCACAUCCAGGGGGAGACCCACAGUGUGCCCGCCCUGCGCUUCAACAGCACCUCAAUCCAGUGCCAGAAAACAGCGUAUACCUACGAGGGCAAUGACAUCAGUGACCUGCCAGUGGAUUUGUCUGUAGUUUGGAACGGAAACUUUGUCAUCGACAACCCCUACAACAUCCAAGCCCACCUGUAUAAGUGCUAUGCCCUGAGGGAGAGCUGUGGGAUGUGUCUGAAGGCAAACCCCAGGUUUGAAUGCGGCUGGUGCGUACAGGAGAAGAAAUGCUCCCUGAGGCAGGAGUGUACUCCUCCAGAGAACACUUGGAUGCAUGCCACCACAGGAAACAGCCGCUGUGCACACCCGAAGAUCACCAAGUUGUCUCCGGAGACGGGGCCCAGGCAGGGAGGAACCAUGCUGACCAUCACGGGUGAGAACCUGGGUCUGCAGUUCAAAGACAUCCAGAGUGGAGUCCGCAUCGGAAAGGUGACCUGCAACCCUCAGGAGGACCAAUACAUCAGUGCCGAGCAGAUUGUGUGCCGGCUGAAUGAUGCAACAGGUUACAGGGUGCAGGAGGCUCAGGUUGAAGUGUGUGUUAGGGAUUGCAUUCACCCCGACUACAAAGCAGUCUCCACCAAGGCCUUCUCCUUUGUGUCUCCAUACUUUACCCGCGUCAUUCCUUCCACUGGGCCGCUGUCUGGAGGAACAAGGAUCACCAUUGAAGGCAGUCAUCUCAAUGCAGGCAGUGCUGUAUCUGUGAAGAUAGGACUUCACCCCUGCCACUUCGAGAGGCGGAGCAACAAGGAGAUAGUGUGCGUCACCCCGGCGGGACAAACUCCUGGCACCACCCCGGUCAUGGUGGACAUCAACUCUGCUGAGCUGAGGAACCCAGAGGUCAAGUUCAACUACUCGGACGAUCCCACCAUCCUCAAGAUCGAGCCCGACUGGAGUAUCGCCAGUGGAGGAACCAUGUUGACCAUCACUGGAACUAAUCUGGCCACCAUCAAGGAGCCCAAAAUGAGAGCCAAGUAUGGAGCUGCCAAGUCAGAAAAUAACUGCACGGUUGUCAACAACACCGUGAUGGUGUGUCUGGCGCCCUCUGUGGCCGGAUCUGAAAAAGGCUUCUCGGAGUCGGGCAGCAGUCCUGAUGAGAUCGGCUUUGUCAUGGAUGACGUGCGCUCUGUGCUGGUGGUAAACGAGACUUUCAGCUACCACCCGGACCCCGUGUUCGAACCUCUGAGCCCCUCGGGCAUGCUGGAGCUGAAGCCCAGCUCACCGCUCAUACUCAAGGGCCGUAACUUAAUUCCUGCAGCCCCAGGAAACGCUAAGCUGAACUACACGGUGCUGAUCGGUGAGACGCCCUGCAUUCUCACCCUGUCUGAGAGCCAGCUGCUGUGUGAAUGGCCCAACCUGACCGGAGAACACAAAGUCACUGUGCGUGUUGGAGGCUUUGAAUACUCACCGGGGACCUUGCAGAUCUACUCCGACAGCCUGCUCACCCUUCCUGCCAUCAUUGGUAUCGGAGGAGGUGGUGGCUUGCUCCUGCUGGUUAUCAUUGUGGUGCUGAUUGCUUAUAAGAGAAAAUCACGGGAUGCGGACCGCACCCUCAAGCGGCUGCAACUGCAGAUGGACAACCUGGAGUCCAGGGUGGCCCUUGAGUGCAAGGAAGCCUUUGCAGAGCUGCAGACAGACAUCCAUGAACUCACUCAGGAGCUGGACGGAGCAGGAAUCCCCUUCCUGGACUACCGCACCUAUGCCAUGAGAGUCCUCUUUCCUGGGAUUGAGGACCAUCCUGUGCUCAAGGAGAUGGAGGUACGGGUCAGUAGAGAGCGCUCCACUCACAUUCACACUCAGAUGCUGACCAAAAAGCACUUCCUGCUGACCUUCAUCCGCACCUUGGAGGCGCAGCGGUCCUUCUCCAUGCGAGACCGGGGCAACGUGGCCUCCCUCAUCAUGACGGCGCUGCAGGGGGAGAUGGAAUACGCCACGGGCGUCCUCAAACAGCUCCUGUCUGACCUCAUCGACAAAAACCUGGAGAGCAAGAACCACCCAAAGCUCUUACUCAGAAGGACGGAGUCAGUCGCCGAGAAGAUGCUCACCAACUGGUUCACGUUUCUGCUUUACAAGUUCCUCAAGGAGUGUGCUGGUGAGCCUCUCUUUAUGCUGUACUGCGCCAUGAAGCAGCAAAUGGAAAAGGGCCCAAUAGACUCAAUCACAGGAGAGGCCCGCUACUCCCUCAGUGAGGACAAACUCAUCAGGCAGCAGAUUGACUACAAGACUUUGACGCUGCACUGUGUGAACCCAGAGAAUGAGAACGCUCCGGAGGUGACGGUGAAGAGCCUGAACUGUGACACAGUAACGCAGGUGAAGGAGAAGCUGCUGGAUGCUGUGUACAAGGGCACACCAUAUUCCCAGAGACCAAAGGCCUCCGAUAUGGACCUGGAAUGGCGGCAGGGUAGGAUGGCUCGCAUCAUCCUUCAGGACGAGGAUGUCACCACUAAGAUAGACAACGACUGGAAGAGACUCAACACCCUGGCUCACUACCAGGUGACAGAUGGCUCAGUGAUUGCCCUGGUGCCUAAACAGAACUCAGCCUACAACAUCUCCAACUCCUCCACAUUCACCAAGUCCCUCAGCAGAUAUGGUACGAGAGAAGAGAGCAUGCUGAGGACAGCCAGCAGUCCGGACAGCUUGCGCUCCCGAACACCCAUGAUCACCCCCGACCUCGAAAGCGGCACCAAACUGUGGCACCUAGUCAAGAACCAUGACCACUCAGACCAGAGGGAAGGGGACCGAGGGAGCAAGAUGGUCUCUGAGAUCUACCUGACCAGACUGCUGGCCACCAAGGGUACGCUCCAGAAGUUUGUGGACGACCUGUUCGAGACCAUCUUCAGCACAGCCCACCGAGGAAGCGCCCUGCCUCUCGCCAUCAAGUACAUGUUUGACUUCUUGGACGAGCAGGCAGACAAACACUCCAUAUCAGACUCUGAUGUACGGCACACUUGGAAGAGCAACUGUCUUCCUCUGCGGUUCUGGGUGAAUGUGAUCAAGAACCCCCAGUUUGUCUUUGACAUCCAUAAGAACAGCAUUACAGACGCCUGCUUGUCCGUGGUGGCUCAGACCUUCAUGGACUCCUGUUCAACAUCGGAGCAUAAACUAGGGAAGGACUCGCCUUCGAACAAGCUGCUCUACGCUAAAGACAUCCCCAACUAUAAGAACUGGGUAGAGAGGUACUACGCUGACAUCUCCAGGAUGCCUGCCAUCAGUGACCAGGACAUGAGUGCCUACCUGGCGGAGCAGUCACGCCUGCACGCCAACCAGUUCAACAGCAUGUCGGCCCUAAACGAGAUCUACUCCUACAUUGUCAAGUACAAGGAUGAGAUCUUGUCAGCGUUGGAGCGGGACGAGCAGGCGAGGAGACAGAGACUGAGGAGCAAGCUGGAGCAGGUCAUCGACACAAUGGCCCUGAGCAGCUGAGGACCAUCCAGCGCCUCCAUUUCCUCCUCCUCUUCACUCCUCCUCCUCUCCAUCCGUCUCUCUCCCUCGCUCCUCUCACCCAGACAACAAACAAAACUCCAACCCCCAACAGUACGACAGACGAACUGCAAAAGGACUAUAGCAGUAUACUGCAAAAUGGGGGGGGUUCGGCAGAGAUGGGCGGGCCUGUGUACGCUUACAUGUGUAUGUGUGUGUUUGUCUGCAGCCCCAUACAGUGUGUGGGCUCGUGUCUGUGUGAGAGACUGGGACACCAGACAUUUUCACACGUGCAUACAUGGAGAAACAUGUCAAUGACAUUUGAGCAUUUGAUUAUUGUGGAUGUUGGUGUUUGUUGUUUGCUUGACUUUGAUUUUAAGAGUUUUGUCGUGAUGAAGCGAUGGCCAGGAAAGAAACAAUGGAAGCCUGGAAAAGGAACUCAAUAUAUGGCAUCAUUCACAGGAUGGACGAAUAUGUGAUGAGCCAAUGAAGAGAGGCUCUCUAGGUCAUGUGACUCCCCAACGGGUGUCACAGUUUUAAAGGAUGUUAGAUUUGUUUUUGUAUAGAUGUAAUCAACUGCCCACUCUCUGAUCUCUCGCCACUUGUAUUACUGCUGAAUUUGCACAAUUUACAGAAACGUUAGGAAAGACGAUAUAGAUAUUAUAUAUAAAUACAGCUACGUUUUUAAAGAAACAUUAGGGAGAAAACAUUUUGGUUGUUUUUCAUUUAAACCAACAAACACAAAAAAUAACAAUAAAACAUGAUUUGAUAUUUCAAGUACAAAAGAAAAAAACAACGUAGACAAAAAAAAAAACAUUGAAAAAGAAACAAAAAAGUCGUACUGUGCCAUGUUUUCUUUGAAUGUUGUUUAGUGCAAAGACAUUUUGUUAGAUGGAAUGUGCUACCGUAUGAUUUUUAAAUAUGAACAUGCCUAGUGACUGAAAAGAAUUGUUUGAGUAAUGACCCAUCAUAAGAUUCUUGUUGAAAAUGACAGGAAGUGAGAGGACACCGUUUUCUGUCUUCUCAAGUUAGUACAGUUCAUGGUGUCAUGGUGAUAACAUGAAGUUACUGUUUCUAAUUCAAUCAGUGCAAUCUUUUGGUUUCAGAAAACCAAAUAAUAUACUCGCAGGAUAUUUGCUUUAUCAUGGCCAAGUAUCCCGCGCCACAGCUGGUUCUGUUCUCCAAGGGUCAAGAAGUGACAGUUAGGUGGAUCAUGUUAUAGUAACUGAACAAUGAAGUAGCUACUUUGCACUACCUGAAAUAUUUCCGUUUGCCCCGAUACCACAAAGCCACCAUAUCUAACCUUUAAGGUGUGUUCACACCAAACAUGAAGUACAUUUUUUGCACAGUGCGAUUACAUAUAAAGGCAUCCAGGCAAUCGAUUAUUCACGCCAAGUGAUGCAAAUGUGCGUCUGCGCUUGGCGAAGUGUUUGAACAUUUGCGUAACGCUGUGUCAGCGUUGAGAUUUUCCUGACGUCACAGAGAAUCAGAAAUGGAGGGCAAACUUAUUGUCAGCGUCUGCGGGCAUAUGGAGCUCUAUGACUCAACGUCAGUCCUGUACAGAGAUGGAACAAAAAAGGAGAUGGCUUGGGGAAAAGUGAGAGAAGCCAUCGGACUACAGGAUAACAUCUGAGAUAUGUAUUUGUUACUUCCAGCUAUCAGUUGUACUUUAAUACGAACCAAAAUUAGCACUAACGUUAGCAUUAGCCGCCUUCCCCAGUUAGUUAGCACUCCAAAAACCACUCCAGCGACCGUAUUUGCGCAAGGUAACAAAAGGCAAAAGUUUGCUUUGCGUUUGGUCUGAACACACCUUAAGGAUUCCACAGGGCCUGAGUUUGUGUUAUCCACACCUUGACGGGUCAUUUAUUUUCCGACACAGUUCUGUUAGAGCAAAGCCUAUGUCUUGUUGCUCUCAGACGCCGUUUACGUAUUUACAGGAGCGACAAUGAGGUCAGGUAGAGCUUAGCUGAGCCCCUCAGUGGUGAAACAAAGUGGGAAAAGCUGCUUUCAGCCUAAAGCCACUUUUUUCCAUUUUCUCAAUGUUAAUACCCAAAAUAGAGGGACAAGGAAAAUAUAUACUGAGUGUUUCUCUCCACCUCUAACCUAUGUAUUUGAGAGAGGGGUUUUAGCUUUUUAUCCAUGGGCAGGUUGGGGGGGGUGGUAUAGAAAAAUUCAGAGGUGAGACACCUCUGUUCAUUAGCUACACAAGGCUGAGUAAUCCUCCCCUCUAGCCUGCAGCUCUUGUUUCAAAACUAGCCUAUUGCCAUGUGUGGCUUAAGCUUUUUAUUAUUAUUAUUAUUAUUAUGAAGACUGCUCUCUUAAGAGGAUUUCUUUUUUUCUCUUUUUUUUGAAGUCUUGAAGUCAGGGUUUUUGACUUUGUUGUGAGAAAUAAUGUUUUCUGAUUUUUCUUUUUUUCUGCUUGCCGAAAAACCAAACUGUGGUCUGUAUAUCGUUUUUGUUGAUGUUUUCAUUUGUAAAUUGUAUACUUUUUCAUGAUGAACAAAAGCUGUUUGCCAUUUUUUGUUAUCAGGUAGAUUUUUGUUUUUUGUCUUUUUAUUUUCAACAUGUAAAUUGUACAUUGUACGGUACACAGAAGACAAAAUUAUCUUCGGUUUGCCUGAAGUUGAAAUACUUGACGGAACUCAAGGUUUAUUUUCCUGAUCUCAAGGAUCAAAAUGAAAUUGUUGCAUCAGAUGAGCAUCUGUGUCUUUGUGAUGGAAAUGUGACUUGCUGCUUUAACUCUUCUACCUUGUUUUUCUAUCAAACAUUAGGGCUGUCAUUUUAUGCUGAUCAUAAAUGCUGUCGCUGUCCAUUUUUACGCCAGGUUCCUUAAAAAAAAAAAAGAACUUUUCUCUCAUCCAAUAAUAGUGAGCACACCUCCCAAAUUAAUGUCAACCCACAAUUUUGUUUACAUGUCUGAGAUGUGACAUUAAUUUCUACAGCUGCAUACAUAUCAGCCUAGUUCAACUGGAUACCUGUGGGGACUUGAUAGUUCACUCUGUAUCUGCCAAACACAAUCUUGAGGGACCACUCUGCUGAUGUUAAGAUAGAAAUUUCUCCAUUUCAGCUGACCAUGUUGGCUACACACAAUAAAUGGUCUCUGUUAGAAUCAUCUAUGUUAAAGAGAGUACUGCAAAAGCUCCACUAAAAUAUGCUUAGUCCACAUGCAAUCAUUAUAAACCUGUUUUUUUCUUCAGUGUACAGCCAAGUUUUUGCUGCAUUCGUACAUUUUGGUGCUCUUACUGUAGAUCACAGGGCAAGGAAAUAGAUGACUGCUGAGGCCAGAGCUCAGCGGUGCUGUUAACAGCAGUUCCUUUAAUGGUCAGUAUGAGCACAAUGUACAGUAAGGACAAAUCCACUCGCUCCCUGUAAAAGCACACAGACGAAAACCAGCUGAGGCUACAGUGCCCAGUUGGUGAUCUGUCAGGCUUUUUAUAGACACAGACAUUCUCAAUUCAUUGUCAGAUUCAUGCUCCAUUUGUGUCCGUAUUCUCUUUGUAAUUUGGUUGAUUACGUGAGUGCUGAGGAAGAUGGCUAGUUUAUCGUUUGCAUGGCUACUUGCCUUUUAGACUGACCUGCUUGGAUGCAUCUUUAGAGAAACUUCCCAUUUACCAUUCUCUAUCCUUAAUUUUGCACUGUUUAGUGUGAUAAUUGACUAGUGAUAAUUGACUAGUAAUAAUCGUUGCGGAGGUGGUAUACAGCAUGUUUGGUGUCAUCAGGAGGAAGCAAGCAUCAGCUGAUUUACAGUAGAACUUGUCACAAGAACCACAUGCCGACUGCCAGUUGACAGAGUUGCUGGGUUUUAUGCUGUUUCUCUGUCAAAUCAGAACAAAUGAACAAGUCAAGUUUACUGCUGGCAUCCGUGUAAGCUGAGUCAACACAUAGUCAUGUAUCUCAUGUUUAACUCUCAGCUCUUAAGACAUGCGUAUUCAUACUUUUGCCUCUCCAAAAAAAAAAAAACAGUUCAAUCCGAUGCAAGUCCUGGCAAUAUUCUGCUUUCAGUUUUUUUCCAGCUUUCUUCCGAUUCUGGAAAAUUCAGUAGUUGUCCUUUUUUUGUUAAUGGAAGUUACAUAGAAUCCAAGGAAAUGCAAAGCAAAUGGAUUUCAGACAGAGCUGGCAAAAGAAUUUUAUUACUACAAUAACUCUGAUUACAUUUUAGAGUUUCAGACUUGAAGCGACUGUCACAAGUUUGCAGGUUAACAUUCAUUGUGUAAAUAUUCUGUUAUUUCCUAUUUUGCAGAUUUACUACUUGUAAAUAAACACGCAUCAAGGAGAGAUUAAACAUUUUUUGCUAAAUAAAA